AUGCCGGCUCCGCUUCUCGCCGUCGCGCUGCCGACGCUCCUCUCCCGCCUCCGUGCGUGCAGGUCCGCCUCCCACGCGCUCCAGUGCCACGCCCUCCUCCUCACCUCCGGCCACCUCGCCGCCUCCCCGCUCCGCCUCUCCAACCUCCUCCUUCUCGCCCUCGCGUCCGUCUCCGCCCCCGCCGCGCACGCGCACGCGGACGCCGUCUUCGCGCGCCUCCCGGAGCCCGCCGCCCGCGACCCUUUCCCAUGGAACACCAUCGUCCGCCUCCACGCUACAGUGCGCCCCCGCACCGCGCUCCUCUACUUCGCGCGGAUGCGCCGUUGCGCCGUGCAGCCCGACGCCUACACGUUCCCGGCCGUGCUCAAGGCCUGCGGCUGCGCGCCAGGUUGCAGGGUCGGGCUCCUGGUGCACGCGGAAGCCGUGAGGAGGGGGCUGGACGCGGACCUCUUCACGGUGAACGCGCUCAUCAGCUUCUACUGUAGGGUCCGGGACUGCCGCUCGGGUAGGAAGGUGUUCGAUGAGGCCAGUGCCUUCUCACGGGACCUCGUCUCGUGGAAUGCCAUGGUGGCGGGGUACGUCGGGUGCGGGGAGAUGGAGCUUGCGCAGGAACUGUUCGACGGAAUGCCGCAGAGGGACACGUUCUCCUGGGCGACCAUGAUCGACGGGUACGGGAAGCAGGUUGGUGGUGUGGAUCGUGCACGCGAGAUGUUUGAUCAAAUUCCUAAGAGAGAUUUAGUCUGCUGGAACUCGAUGAUUGAUGGUUAUGCGAGGCAUGGAAGGAUAGAUGAGGCGAGGUCACUGUUUGAGGAGAUGCCGGAGAGGAAUGUGAUCUCAUGGAGUGUUAUCAUUGAUGGGUAUGUCCGGUGCGGGGAGGCAAAGGAGGCUUUGGAGCAUUUUCAGAGCAUGCUACGGUGUGGUGUAAGGCCAGAUAGGGUCGCUGCGGUUGGGGCUGUCACGGCUUGUGCUCAGCUUGGUACUUUGGAGCACGGCAGGUGGCUGCAUUCUUACUUGGAGAAGAAAAAGGUCUUAUUCGAUGUUGUGGUGCAGACAGCUUUUAUAGAUAUGUAUAUGAAGUGUGGGCGCUUGGAUCUUGCCAUGUCGAUCUUUGAAAAUAUGGCUGAGAGGAGUGUGGUCACUUGGAACGUGGUGAUUGUCGGACUUGGAACUCAUGGUUAUGGUCUAGAAGCCAUCACACUAUUCCAUCGGAUGGUGGCUGAAAGAGCUCCAAUGGAUGAUCUAAGCGUACUUGCCGUGCUGACUACUUGCACACAUGCUGGAUUGGUCUCAGAAGGUUUAGGGAUAUUUCACAGAAUGAAAAAGGAUUUGGGGAUAGAUCCCAAGGUAGAACAUUAUGGUGCAUUGAUUGAUCUUCUUGGCCGUGCUGGAUGUUUGGAUCAAGCUAGGCAUACUAUAGAAACAAUGCCCAUGGAGCCAACUCCGGAGUUGUGGGGGUCUCUUCUUGCUGCCUGCCGAAGCCAUAGAUGUGUUGAGCUGGCUGAGUUAUCAGUUGAACGUCUUGCAGAUCUCGGAGCUGAUGAUUCAGGAGUCUAUGUUCUUCUGUCAAAUAUCUAUGCUGAUGAAGGAAUGUGGAAUGCUGUCUUGAGAAUUCGGAAACUGAUGAGUGACGAGGGGAUGAAAAAGGAUAUUGGGCGCAGUGUGAUUGAAGUAGAUGGGGAAAUACAUGAGUUUGUUAAUGGAGGCAGCUCACAUAUUUGUAAGGAUGAAAUUUACUUUAUGCUGCGGAAUUUAUCUAACAUGGCAGCAUCUAUAUGACUGCUCUUUUGUGCACUAUAAAUUUCUGUUGAUUUAACAUUCUUGACAUACCAAAUUGCAUCUGAUGGCUCAGAGCCCUGAUGGUAACUGGCUGCUUUUCAAGAUUCUGUUUACCAGCUCAAACACAAGAAGAUGCCAGGUUAAAACAUCACUGGAUCUCUUAAUACAAUGAUAUGCAGCUCUCCUGCGUGUUCAAGGAAAAAAAUAUCACUGGAUCAAUGGACAUCUUGAGUGUCC